UAAAAUUUCUUUAACCCCAAAAUUUUGACACAGUUAUGGCAUCACUGGUAUACAGAUGGACUUUGGUUCUGAAAUGCUUAUUCCCAGUUUGAUCCUUGCGUAACAUAAUGCAGUUAAAAUAGAGAGUAAGAGUUAUUGUGUGAAGUAUCUGUCCGCAGGUUAAGAAAAAAUAUUCUCUAUGCAAAGUCUUUAAUGAUAUACCUCUUCUUCCCAUUAAUAACCAAGAAAGAAAUUACUUCAAGUCUGCAAAUGUGGGACCUGUUUUUCUAAGUAAAGAAGAAAAUCCCAAGGGCUGUACCCUCUAUACAAAUAUGAGAACGUAUUAGUGCACAAUUACUGGAAAAUUUCAUUACUCUUAAAUACUAAUGGUAUCUACAGGGCAAAUUGACAUUUGUUGUCUGAGUUUUUAGUGUUAUACCUAAUGGGUUUUGCAUCAAAGAGAAUUUUUUUUGUUUAUUAUGUUAUUAUCCAGGCAGCUUUAGAUGCAGUUCAGUUGUUAAAGAGCUUUUCUUUUGCUUUAUUGUCAUGCUUGUCUAAGAGACUUCUAGACCAGGUGUUUCUGGAAGUGCUGUACUCCAUUGAUACCUGAGACAUAAGUAUAUUUUUUAACAGUAAUUUUUGAGAAAUUGUAGAAACUGUAUUGAAAAAAUACGAUUUUCUAGAUUUUUUUUUUCAAGACAUAAAGCAGGAAAUGUAGGAAUGACUUCAGUUUAAAAGUACUCGUUUUUAUUCUUUUUCUUAUUUAGUUUUUUCAUAUUUUUUUCAUGUCUUUUUCUUUUUUGUUUGAAUUCCUGUUUUGUUCAGAGGAAAUGGGAGGGAGCAGACAAGGGAUGGCAGGCAUAAACUAUGCAUGAUCCUACACAUUUCCAGUAACUUCUGAAUGUUGUGCAAGGAUCCACCCUACAAAGUUGAAGAAUCUGGAUAUGCUGGUUUCAUUUUACCCAUUGAGGUUUACUUCAAAAACAAGGAAGAACCUAAGAAAGUUCGAUUUGACUAUGACUUAUUCCUGCACCUUGAAGGCCACCCACCUGUAAAUCACCUCCGCUGUGAAAAGCUCACAUUCAACAACCCGACAGAGGAAUUCAGAAGAAAGCUGCUAAAGGCAGGAGGGAUGAUGGUAAUGUCAGAUGGCACAUCAUUUUCUUCAGGGCAGAGCCUUCAUCUCCCCAGCCUUCCCAGUAACUCUCUGUCUUUUUCUGAAGUGAAGAAGAAAUCAUCUCAUGGGCCAAAGGACCCAGCUAGGAUUCUGAACAUAAAUAGCAGCAGCAGUAGUAACAGUUUUUCAAAGACCCAGAAGUUAACAAAGGAGCACAAAGAAAAAAUUUGUAAAGACUCAAAAGAACAUAAAAGUGCCUUCAAAGAACCUUCCAGGGAACCUAACAAAUCUUCCAAAGAAUCCUCUAAGAAACCCAAAGAAAACAAACCACUACUAAAAGAUGAGAAAAUGGUUCCUAAGAUGGCCUUCAAGGAACCCAAACCCAUGUCCAAGGAACCAAAAUCUGAAAACACCCCCAUCUUUACCAUAACAUGUGGGCAACAGCAAGAAAAGAAGACUCUCACGAAAAGGCCCUCUAUACUGGAUACUGAUGAAUCUUCUGCAAGAAAAAGAAAAAAACCCAGCUCGGAUUCAUUAUUUAAAAGUUUUCCUAGUGCCCCACCAUUGAUUCUUACUUGCUCAGCUGACAAAAAACAGACAAAAGAUAAAUCUCAGCUCAAGGUGGGGAGAGUCAAAAUUGAAAAUGAUGCACUGGAAAGGAAGACGCCUACUCUGCCACCAUUUGAUGAUAUUCUAGAUCCCAGUGAUUCUGAUGUGGAGGAAAAUGUGUCCUCCAAAUCUGACUCUGAACAGCCCAGUCCUGCCAGUUCCAGCUCCAGUUCCAGUUCCAGUUUCACACCAUCUCAAAACAACAGACAACAAGGUCCGUUGAGGACUAUAAUGAAAGAUCUACAUUCAGAUGAUAAUGAAGAUGAGUCUGAUGAAGCAGAUGAGAAGGACAAUGAUUCUGAGUUGGAACAACCUGUAAACACACGAGGAGGAAGCAGGAGUCGCAGGGUUAGUCUGAGUCAUGGCAGUGAUAGUGACAGCAGCUCAGCUUCCUCACCACUGCGUCAUGAUCCUGCACCACCCGUACUGAAAACCAGCAACAGCCAGAUUUUAGAAGUGAAAACUCCAAUAAAGCAAAACAAAACGGAUAAACAAAUGAAGAAUGGGGAUUGUGAUAAGGCAUAUCUUGAUGAGCUAGUAGAGCUCCACAGAAGAUUAAUGACAUUGAGAGAGAGACAUGUACUGCAGCAGAUAGUAAAUCUUAUAGAAGAAACUGGACACUUUCAUAUCACAAACACAACCUUUGACUUUGAUCUUUGUUCACUGGACAAAACCACAGUCCGUAAACUACAGAGUUAUCUGGAAACAUCUGGAACCUCCUGAGGAUUCAGCACAUGGCUGCAUCAAAAACUGCUCUUUAAAUGACGUAUACAGAAUGAUGUGACCAAAAUGGAGGGGGAAAAAAGCAAAAACCUCUUCAGCUUUUAUUUUUCCUUAAAGCCAGUCUCUUGAUAAGAGAGAAAACGUGACCAGACUCAGAGGACCACUCUUCUCAAGAAGAAAAUGCUCUGGAAGAGUUUGCCUGGAUAGCCUUGAAAAACAAACACAGAAAAAACAAAAAUACUUGUUCUUAAUGAAUGUGUAUGAUAUCAUGUAUCUCUCUCUGUGGUGUUCAAGUCCACAAGAUGAAUGCAUGUUCAACACACUGCCUUACUACAUAACUGAUCUAUUUAUUAUUGCAUACAUGUAUCCUAAAAUCAGUGAGUCACUGAGUGACACUACCAGAUAUUGCAAGUAGUGGGGUCCCUUGUGUGCUCUUUUGAUGCAGUACUUUCACAAUCCUAAUAACCUUAUUCAUAUUAAAAUGCCACUUCUUGCUAUCUUUCUUUAGUCAAUUAAAACACUACGGUCUUGAUUCCACUCUGCAGUUCCAGGAAGCAAGAUACAAACUUGGUGACCAAACAGUGGUCCUGUAUUUCAUUUCCUGUCAACCACAGCAAGUUGGACUGCAGGUCCUUGAUUCUAUCCACUUACUGAUGGUUCUUGAUGACCAUGGUUAAAAAGUGCACCCAAUAGGUUCAUACAACUUGCUGUCUAGCCUCAGUGAAUAAACCAGUAAGACUUUUCACAAAAAAUGUUAUGUAUACUGUCCUGAAUCUGGCAACUCUUGCAGUCUACAUUCUUGUGUCCAUUUAAAUGUUGCAAAAUUAAAUAUAUAUUAGAGUGAAGGUGUUCUGCAGGAGCUCAUGAUAAAAGAAAAAAUACUGGUCCUGUCUUUAAAGAAAAUGUUGUAGAAAAUUCUUAAUUUGGAGCUAUUUAUUACUUGGAUUUUCAGCACUCUUCUGCUGCCAGUAUGUGACUCACUUCUACCAUAAAACUUUUUGCAUAAUAUUUUUGUUUGUUCAUAUAGUAUAUGAUCUGCUUAGUUUGUUUUGGGGAUUUUUUCUGACUUAGUUUGUUUUUUUUUUUUUUACAACUGCUAAAUUAAAUC